AAUUUUCCUCUUUAUAACAAAUGACAGCUUCCCUUAGUAAGCUGAAUUCAAAUUAGAAUUAUAAUCAUUAAAUAAUAAACAUUUGGUAUAUUAAGAGAGAAUUCCGCGACAUUCAUAUACUAACUUAGUUUUCGUGAGUUCAUGUGGCAACGCUCUGAUGCGGUUGGUUUUUUGACGUUUGUUUUUAGGAAUUGUUUUGCGAAUAUCCGAAUUAAGGCAUUUACAAGUUGACGGCAUCUUUUUGCAAUUUUCCUUUCCCGUCUUGCCGGCUUGAAUUGGACCACACAUUUUCUUUUUGCUCGCUCGUUCGUGUGCUCAUUCGCUCGUUUGUUCGAUUUACACAAUUGCUGUUCGGGUUUUCUGUGCAAAUUCUCAGCGUGUAUUUCUUAACUACAAAAUCAAAACUUAUCUAAACAAUCACAAUGUCGGAGGAAUCAUUCUAUGGUGUCACACUCACUGGCCAGGAUAGUUCAGUGCCAUGGGAUGUACUUUCCAAUGAUGAGGAUUUUCCCCGCGGACAAAGACUCAUCAUCAAACAGAUUUUGUUGGGCGCUGAAGCGAAAGAAGACGAGUUUAACGUUGUGGAGGUGCACACAGUAAAAGACUCUCUAAAGAUUCCUAUCGCCGUGUUAAAGGCUGGCGAAACACGCGCUGUAAAUCCCGAUGUGGAAUUUUACGAAACAUCAUUGACAUUUAAAUUGAUCAAAGGCAAUGGACCUGUUUACAUAAUGGGCCAGAAUAUUAAGGACGACGUUGUCGAUAUCGAGGACGAAGAAACUGACGAGGAAACUGGUGAGGAGGAAGAGGAGGAGACACAACCACAAAAGAAGAAGCAAAAAGUGGAAAAUAAUUCCGAUGGCAAAAACGCUAAAAAUAAGAAGAAAUAAACAAGUUUUUUAGCAGUCACAAAACAAAAAUCCCAUACAUUCUUCAAAUUAAUUAUUGAUUUUAAGCUAAACUGAUGAAAACAAAACAUCAAUCAUAUAAGAUUAUUUCAGUUCCUCAGUUAGAUUUCGUGAUUUCCUGAGUUUUUAUAUAAUUUUACUCAGCUUACCUCAGUAAUUUCUUAAUAUUUAUAUACAACUAGUUCUUCAAAACACUUGAGAGCGAUGGCAAUUGGUUAGCCCGUAGUAACUUCAGCCAUGACUAUUGCCAGAAAUUAAGAAUUGAUUUUCUAUUAAAUUUGUUUGCUCAUUUAUUACAGUUUUCAGCAAAUAGUUUUAGACAGCGCUAAUGCGUUUUAAAUGUGUUGGAAACCAAGUAAAAAUCGGUUUGUGCUGUGAAUAAACGGCGUUUUGGCAGGGAUGCUUUCUACAGGCACUGAGUAAUGACCACUGAGAAAUUAUUCCAUAUUCACUUAUUCAAUAAUAUUAUAAUGCAUACGUAUCUUGAUUGCAGCUAUAGUAGAGACUAACAUUCUGGAAUAUAAAUAUAAACUAAAUAAAGUCAUCAUUCGUAGAAUAUGUAUGUAUAUGUAUUGCGUAAAGUGUGCUACUACAACUUGAUAAUACAACAAAUUACAAUUUUGUAGCUGUGCCAGAACGUCAGCUAAAAACUUUCUAACGUGUAUUAGUAUAAGCCAGUAAGCUCGAAAAAGAGCGCAAAGCUCAGGCACUUUUGAGGUCUAUAUACUAAAAAUUAACACUCGAUGGGUGGAGAUAAAUCUACAUGCACUAUUGUAAUUUGUACAUACCAACCUAAGUGAUAGAGAU